AUGCUCUGGGUCAAGAAGGGCGUAUGCAGCGCCGACUCCCUAAUUAAUCUAGCACUCUGCUGCCUCGGCUUCCUCCCGGGCAUGAUUCACGCCUGGUACAUCAUCCUCAACAAUCCCGAACACACCUACGAGCACGUUCCCGACCACGAACGCCAGGACGGCUCGCGAACAACAACGUACUACUAUGUCUCGCACGGGGGUCCGGCGCCUCAAGGUGGUCAGAUGAACUACGGCACUGUGGGAAGCCAGCCGAACGCGGGACAGUUUCCUGGACAGCAGACGGGCACCACAAAUGCGUUCCCGCAGCCCAAGGCAAAGGGCCAGAAUGUGCAACCUCAGCAGGGCGUUGCGGGACAGGAGACCGGUGCAGGGGAGGGCAGCUCGGAGCAGCCUAAUGGGCCGCCACCGACGUAUGCAGAUGUGAUCAAGGGCGAUCAUAAGGUGCAGAAGCCGUAG